UUCACACACCAACCCACAAUGGCAAAGAUAACACUUCUCUUGCUCGCCUUAGCUGCUCUUGUAGCCUUGGCUACAGCCCACACAACCAUCAUCACCACCACCAUCGACGACGAGAACCCGAUCUCCGAACAAAGGCAAUGUAGGCAACAGGUACAGGGACAAAGGUUGAACCAGUGUCGCAUGUUCCUCCAGCAAGGUCAGAGGGGGCAGCAACACCAACAGCAACAGCAUCAGCAGCAGGAGCAGCAGCUCCUCCAGCAGUGUUGUCAAGAGCUUCAAAACAUCGAAGGACAGUGCCAAUGUGAGGCGGUGAAGCAGGUGGUCCGAGAUGCUCAGCGACAGCAGCAACAGCGACCGCGGAUGCCCUUCCAGGGUUCUCAGCAGUCUCAACAGUUGAAGCAGAGGGCUCAGAUUCUCCCUAACGUAUGCAACCUUCAAUCAAGACGAUGCGAAAUCGAAAGCGUCAGGAGUGUUGCUGAGAGCAAUUUUGAAAUCCCAUUUGAUAUGCCGUUUGAUAUCCCUUGGCCCUUUCGCCCAAGCUCAGAGUCACAGCAAUGCAGACAGAGUGAAAUCCAAAGGCCUGUGAGUCAGUGCCAAAGGUAUGUGGAGCAGCAAAUUCAGUCCUCCAGGCCAUACCAACAGAGCCCGUACGACCGGAGGCAACAGAGCCCAUACGACCGGAGGCAACAGAGCCCAUAUGAACAGAGGCAAGGACCAUACGAACAGAGGCCAUACGAACAGAGGCCAUACCAACAGCGAGGAGGACGACAGCAGGAGCAGCAAGGGCUCCAGCAAUGCUGCAACGAGCUCCAAAACGUGAGGAGGGAGUGUCAGUGCGAGGCGAUUAAGGAAGUGGGCCAAAGAAUGAGGCAGCAGCAACAACAACAACGUAGGCAGUAUGGUGGGCAGCAGACACAAACUGUGGAGAGAAUUCUUGAGAAUCUGCCUAACCAAUGCGACCUAGAUGUCCAGCAAUGCAACAUCCCCUACUGAAGAAAAAUAAAUGAGUUGCAUCUCUAGUUGAUCGAUGAGGUUUAUGACUUGAGAUGCAUGGAGGGUAGUUUCUACUUUCUGAUGAUAAUAAUAAGAAUAAUGAGCACAUGUGUAUCUAUAGCUCAUGUGUACGUAAUCGUGGCUUUCAUGUUAUCCUUUUAUAUAUAAAUAAAAUGACUGCCCUACUUUUAUAAA